CUUCAAAAUGCUACUAAAAUCUGGGUUUCCAUGUUUGGCUUUUCACCUCUUGCUUUUAAUGUUCAUGAUGAAUGCUAAAGCAGAGAAGUCUUUAUCAACAUCAAUUCAGUUGGAGGAAGCAGACCAAGUUUUCUUCCAUUACAAUGAUCUCAAACUUGGGAAAAAGAUGCCAAUUUACUUUGGAGGUGCAUUUCCUUCACAAAUCCCACAAUUUCUUCCUAAGGCAAAGGCAGAUUUAAUCCCUUUCUCGUCUCAAAAACUCGAGUUUCUUCUCGAGUUUUUCGACAUCCCUCUAGAAUCUCGACAAGCUAAAGCAAUGGAAUACACGUUAAAACUAUGUGAAAUGAAAGCAGAAGGAGAAUUUAACAUAUGUAUUACGUCCAAAGAGUCUAUGCUUGAUUUCGUUCGUAAAAUCUUUAAUAAUAGUAAUAGUAAUAGUAACAGUAAUAAUAAUGACCGAUUUUUUAAGGUGUUGAGUACAAGCUCACUACCAAAAUCAUCCAAACUAUUGCAAAAUUAUGUCAUAGUGAAACAACCUAAGCAAGUACCAAGUCCUAAAAUGGUACCAUGUCACAUGUUAAUAUAUCCUUAUGCAGUAUUUAAAUGUCAUGUACAAAAGUCAAAGGAUCAAGUGUUUAAAAUAUCAUUAUUGGGUGAAGAUGGAGCAUAUGUGGAUGCCAUUGCAAAUUGUCAUAUGAAUACUUCUAAUUGGGAUCCUAAUUAUGUUGGGUUUCAUGUUUUAGGGUUUAAGCCAGGGGAUUCUCCUAUUUGUCAUUUUCUUCCAUCAAAUGAUCUUGUUUGGAUACCUUAUAGUAUACCUAAUGAAAUGGAGAACUUUAUGUAAUCAUAUGGUAGACUGAGAAAAAAAAAAAGUUAAAUAAGAAUUGAAUUUUGUAUCUUAUUUGGAGAAAGUGCGGUACUUGCACCCUGACUCUCAUAUAGCAAUGAAUGUUUAUCUAUAUAUAUAAAGUUCGUAAAGUGUAUUUCCUUUCUUUGGUGCUCUAUUUGUACUAAACUUUUAUAAGCUUAAAAAAAUACA